AAACAAGGCCACACAAGAAAGCAGCGAAUAACUAUUCGGAGGCUGAUAUGGCAAGAGCCUUAGAUCAAAUAAAAGCCAAAACACUUUCAAAAAGGCAAGCUGCCAAAACGUACGGAAUUCCAAGAGCCACUCUACAGUUCCGAUUGGGCUCCAAGUUCAAAGGCGAUCCACGGAAAGGAAAACCAACUGUACUGUCAAACGAGGAAGAAGCGAAAAUUGUGCACCACAUCCAACAGAUGGAGAGAAAGGGAUUUCCGAUCACCAAACCAGGACUGCUCAUGCGGAUUAAAUCUUUUAUAAAAGAAAACAAGCGUGAAACUCCGUUUAGAAACGGUAUCCCUGGUCGGAAGUGGUACGAAAGUUUCAUGAAGCGACAUCCGGAACUGUCGGAGCGUAUCCCGGAAGCAGUCAGCCAGGCUAGCUCAAGGGUAUCCGAAAAUAAUAUCCGGGAAUGGUUUUCGAAGGUGUAUGGAUAUUUGGAAGAACAUGGUUUAACUGCAGUGCUGAAUAACCCAUCACGAAUAUUCAACGCGGAUGAAACAAGCUUUGUGCUGAGUCCAGUUCCGAAAAAAGUCAUUGCCUCCAAAGGGAAUAAAAAUGUAAAUUUUGUUCUCCGAGGACGCUCUAAAGAAAAUAUUACUGUUCUUUUCGCAUUUUCCGCGGAUGGGAAUGUUUUGCCACCCGAUGUCAUCCUUCCUUUGAAGAGGAUGAAAAGAUCAACUAUUCAAAAUUAUCCUCCAGAAUGGGGUUUGGGAUCCUCCCCAAAUGGGUGGAUGGACACACGAAAUUUUUUGCUGUAUGUUAAAAAAAUAUUCGUCCCGUUUUUAUUCAAACACAAAAUAGAGCUGCCAGUGAUAUUUUUCGUAGACGGACAUUCGUCCCAUAUGGCAUAUGAAGCUGCAGAAGAAUGCCUGAAGAAUAAAAUUAUAUUGGUGGCACUAUUUCCCAACGCCACUCACAUUCUUCAACCAGCAGAUGUUGCAAUUUUUCGACCUCUCAAGAGUGCUUGGACAAACACCGUUGAAAUAGUGGGAGCGACUAAAAUAUCAACAGAAAACUUUGGAACAAUACUUCCUGAAGCCAUGCGUAAAGCAUUCAAAAAGGAAACGAUAGUCAAUGGUUUCCGUUGCUGUGGCCUGUAUCCAUUUGAUGCGAACGCGGUUAACUAUUCAAAAUGCAUAUCCAAAGGCUUGCCGACUAAUAAUACAGACAACAUUUUGAGGACCACAAAUGAAAUAAACAACGAAUUGAACGAAACAAUAGAAAACAGCUAUGGUCAACAGGAGUCCAGUGCCAGUGUGUCAGAAAUAUAUGAUGCUGAACAAAUGUUCACACCAGCACCAUCUACAUCAACUGCAACCAGGAUAAAGUCUUCGGAACUUCAGGAGAAAGCCAUUUCUACGCCAACACAGUUUUGUUCAAAUGAAAAUUCAUCUACGCACGAGCAAACUGCAUCUGCACUUAUGAUCUUCAACUCUGUGUUAGAAACAGUUUCAACCACAGCUCAAAAACUGAUGUCCUCUGAAAAUUCGAAUUCAGCCUCAAAUAUAGUGCUUCAGAGUUUGGAAUUUUUGCAAAGAGUGACGACAACAGCAAUGACAGGACAAGAACAAAUGAAUUGUUUGGGGCCUGAUGUCAGUUGUGAAUUGUCUGAACCUUCAAGUCGCAAGCCUCUCCAAAACAUCACAAAUCGGAGAUUAUCGGAAUUUUUUAUAGCUCCUCCGACCCCCGAAAGAUCAAGAAAGCAUAUAAAUUAUAAACAUUCUGCAUACGCUGUUUUAACAGCAAAAGAACGUUUACAAGCGAUGGAAGAAAAGAAUAAAGAGAAACAACGUCAAGAAAUUUUGAAAAUCGAAAGGAAAAACAUAAGGGAAAUGAAAAAAAAAAGAAAAAUUGGAAGUUAUGAAAAUCAAAAAAGAGCAGCAGAUGGAAAAGCAAAUUAUACGUGAAGAAACUAAAAAACAAAAAGAAAUGGAAAAAAAACCGGAAGCUCAAAGAAAGAGCAGAGGACAAAAUUUUGCUAAAAAAACGUGUAAAUAACAAAACCCGUGCCACAUGAAAUGUUUGAAAUUUUAAAUUCUUUUUUUUUAAUUUUUUUUAAUCAUUUGCUUUUUUUGUUAAUUUUAUUUAUGAAUUUCAAGUACGAAUAAAACUUUUAAGUAUAUAAAUGUUGAUGUCCAUUUUUCAAUGAUUUAGUAUUGCCUUGGAAAGGAAAAUCGAAAAAAAAAAUAUGCUAACAUUCUAGAGAUUAAUAAUCAAUAGGUUUAAACCAUUAGAAGCAAAUUAUUUCAACUUUCGCUAACCGGUGCAUCAUUAUGGUAAUGCUCUAGGGGUUCGGGAACUAUGCCAUCAGCGCGAAGCAUUUUUAGACCAUUGAG